GUCUGACGUCCGCCCGCGUACAGCGCUGAACGGUAUCGGUACUUGUCUCAUGGUCGAUGACGCCCGCCGCUAGAAGCAAUGGACGUUGAUGUGCGGUCCAUCAAUUACUCGGGCUCGGCGUUCGACGUUCAACGUUCAGGCUGCGGGGAAGAAGCGGUCGGCGCUCGGCACGCACUGCAUUACGUGGAUUUUGUUCCUAAGUGCGAUGUCUUCCAGUUCUGCUAGUUCUGCAGUGAUGAAUAUAUGCGAGUCGCCCGCUUCGAUCGGCCGCUCAGAACUCUCGCUUUCCGCGCGAAAUAUGCGAGCGAGUCAUCGGCUAUUAUGGGAGCCGAGCAGUCUUCCUGGAGAGUCUCAACCUCGCAGCAAGGGCGUUCGUACCGCGGCCGUGCCUCGCUGCCCUGUCCAUCUGCAGCUACGUGAAGUUCAUGCUUCAUCGACGUUCAUAUCCUGCUACACUCGCUUUGUGGCAAUCCGAUGAUGCAUUAUAUAUGCGCCCGAGAGGGCAACAUUUAUGACCUGAUUAUCUAAGUGUAUACGCCUCUAUACAGCUUUGUCCUCUCCAGACAGCCAAAAAAGGGGGGGACAACGAUAUUACGGUGAACAGUCUGUGAUUGGCUCUUUUGCGCAACUUGGAUGCAAAACAAUUGGCGCAUGCAUUCAAUUAUGCAUCAAGAACCAACGAGAUGAGCAAAAAAGGUCCGA